AUGGCUAUUCGCUUCCUCAAACAUGCAACUUUUAUUGCUGCUUUCGCAGCAUUUGUCGCAGCGCAAGACGACACCAUCAUACCCGAAGACUUAAGAUCAGGCUUCCGUUCAGGCGGAGACGAAGUACAGGUCUCUUUUACAGGCGAAGCAAUUAAUGGCUUCAAGGAUGGGACCGUGUUCGAGAAAGAUGCUGUAGCAAAGGAGCCCACAUUCGCUCUUGGCGAUAGCAGUGGCAUCUCCCCCGGCACCCUGUACACGAUCAUCAUGGUCGAUAGCACAUGUCCAAAUGCUCGAAAACUCCACUACGCUCGGGCGAACUUCAAAAACAACUUCGACAUCACCAACAUAGAAACUGAUUCACCUGCUGUUCUGGAUUACGUUGCUCCUGGCUCCGUCGGCGAGAAAGGAGACGACCGACAGUACAGUUUCCUGAUGUACACGAACCCAGGACGGAAAGAGAUUACGGAUCUGCAACUACCAGGAGACGACGAGGCCUUUGAUAUUACAAAAUUCCAAGACGACAAUGGAUUGGGGGACGCGAUGGCUGGAGUAGGGAUGGUCGUGAAGCUUGGUGGUCAGGCAGACUGUGCAGGUGGCAGCGCAGAAGCGUUACCUAGUAGCCUGCCAACACCGAGACCAGCGAGUAGCACGACAGCUAGAGUGUCUACUGCUACUGGUGGAUCAGAUGCGGCUGCAAGCGCCACACCCACGGAUAACGCGAACGUGCCUGGAGACGCGGCCUCGCCUUCUUCAGCUGCGACCCCUACCCGUACAUCGACAGCAUCAGGUGGGCCAGCGAACUCGGUCGUCCCGUCGAGCGGCAUUCCUCCAUCUUCAGCCGUAGAACCCCCGGCUACUGUAUCAACAAUUGUUUUGUCCAGCGCGGAGGGAACAGGUUCUCCAACGGCAGCUGCUACUGCGCCAGAGCAGACUGAGAAUGGUGCCCUGAGAAAGAUGUAUUGGCCAAGAUGGGCUGUGGUUUUCGUAUUGUUAGUUUCUGGUAGCAUGUUCAUCUCAUGA